GAUUUUACAUCUUAUAGUAUGUUUCUAUAAAUUGAUAAAUAUUGAUAAUUGUCUAAUAUUAGUUAAAGACACUAGUUAGUAAUAAUAUUUUUCUUCCAUAACUCCGAGUGUACUUUAACUAAAGCUGAAAAAAUAACCAAUCUUACUGAGUUAUAAUAAUAAUAAUAAUAACAGCAUUAAAUAUUAUAUUUUUAAUUCUUUCACCUUUAACAUAUUCUAUUUUGAUUUAUUAGUAUCGUGUUGUAUGCGACUUUGAAUUGCAUUUUCUUUUGGAGCAAUAUCAUUGCAGUAAUUAUUUACAUUAACAGAGUGACAAAAGAAAAAAUAAAAGUGCAAGAAAAAGGGCAUUCAGUGAGGAAGCAGAGGCCAGUUAUAAAUUCAUCAUUGUCAGUAACUCAAAUCUCACCUUCACAGUUCACACCACCACUUGUGUUGUUGUUGUGUUGUUGUACCAGUGUGUGUGAUUUGUCCUGUUGUUUUUCCUUUGCCUGUUAGUGAAAGAGUAACAACUACAAGCAAAGCAAAGUUAAUCCAUAGUCUGAACAAUGGUGGUGAAGAAGCCACGGAUUGUGAUAAUUGGAGCAGGAAUGGCAGGUCUCACAGCUGCCAACAAGCUCUACACUGCCACUGCUUCAAAGGACUUGUUUGAGCUGUGUGUUGUAGAGGGUGGAACAAGGAUUGGUGGCAGAAUCAACACCUCCGAGUUUGGUGGUGACCGUAUUGAGAUGGGUGCUACAUGGAUCCAUGGAAUUGGAGGAAGCCCAAUUCACAAAAUUGCCCAAGAAACCAACUCACUUCACUCUGACCAACCUUGGGAGUGCAUGGAUGGUAACCCUGAUGAUGCCAUCACCAUUGCUGAAGGUGGUUUCCACCUUCACCCUUCCGUUGUUCACCCCAUCACAAAGCUCUUCAACAACCUCAUGGAUUACUCUCAAGGGAAACUCACUGAAGCCACUGCAAAGGGUGAACUUGACACUUAUCAUAAGCUGGCUGCUAAAGCUGCUUCCAACAUGUCUGGGAACAACGACAACCUUAGUAUUGGUUAUUUCCUCAGACAAGGCCUUGAUGCUUACUUGGGUUCUGUGAAGGAGCAUGAGGAGGUGAAAGGGUGUGGGAACUGGAGCAGGAAGUUGCUUCAAGAAGCAAUCUUUGCAAUGCAUGAGAACACCCAGAGGACUUACACUUCAGCUGGUGACCUUUUGAGUCUAGAUUAUGGGGCUGAAAGUGAGUACAUAAUGUUCCCGGGUGAAGAAAUCACAAUUGCUAAAGGGUAUGUAAGCAUAAUUCAGUACUUAGCUUCUGUGUUACCACCUGGUUUAGUUCAGUUAGGUAGAAAGGUCACAAGGAUUGAGUGGCAACCUGUGAUAGAUGACGAGCAGAAGGGUGUGGAAAAUAAUGGUUGUUGUUCAAGGCCUGUGAAGCUGCAUUUCUGUGAUGGCUCCUUUAUGUCUGCUGAUCAUGUCAUUGUCACUGUUUCACUUGGAGUGUUAAAAGCUGCUAUUGGUGAUGAUUCAGGUAUGUUCUGUCCUCCUCUUCCACCUUCCAAGGCUGAGGCAAUUUCAAGGCUUGGUUUUGGUGUUGUUAACAAGUUGUUUAUGCAACUGAGUCCAACACAUGGAGGUGGGAAACAUGGACAUGAACAUGAACAAUCCAAAGGGUUUCCUUUUCUUCAAAUGGUUUUUCAUUCACCUCAAUCUGAAAUGAGGAACAAGAAAAUACCCUGGUGGAUGAGAAGAACAGCUACCCUUUUUCCCAUCUACACCAAUUCUAGUGUCCUCUUGUCUUGGUUUGCUGGAGAAGAAGCACUGGCGCUUGAGUCACUCAAAGAUGAAGAGAUCAUCAAUGGGGUUUCAUCCACUGUCUCGUGCUUUCUACCACAGUGGCAAAAAGGUUCAAGUCCACAUAAAUUGUGCAAUGGGAAUGUGAGUUCUGAGGAGAGAUCUCAACAAAAUGAAGUUCAGUUCAGUGAAGUCUUGAAGAGCAAAUGGGGGACUGAUCCAUUAUUUUUAGGCUCAUACAGUUAUGUUGCAGUAGGAUCAAGUGGUGAUGACUUAGAUACAAUGGCAGAGCCAUUGCCAAAAGAUAGCUGUUGUCAUCCUUCUCCACUUCAAAUUUUGUUUGCAGGAGAAGCAACUCACAGAACUCAUUAUUCUACAACUCAUGGUGCUUACUUCAGUGGUCUUAGAGAAGCUAAUAGGCUUCUUCAACAUUAUCAUUGUGUUGGGAUUUAUAACAACUAGUACUUUUUUUUUACUUCCUUUUUUCCCCUCCCUUUUAAAAUUUUGAACAUCAAUCUCUAUGAUAUUAUUAUUCCCAUUUUCAUUUUAAACGUCUUCGUUUCUCUUUAAGGAAAGUAGUGAGUGAGUGAUUGGGAAAAAAUCAAUAUUAGAAGGGGGCAAGAUGAAUAGUGAGAUGGGGACAUUUAGAUGUACUACUUGAAGUAAUUUUUCCCCAAUAUUUCUUUCGCUUCAUGAGUGUAGUUUCUUUUCAUUUAAUCUCUUGUUAAUCAUCAAACCAAAACUAGACGAGAUUUUUUAUUGACAUUCAGAAUAUGAAUUUAGAACUAGAAAGCUUCAGAUAUCAUCAUCAUAUAUGCUACCUCCAUGUGUGUUCUCUGGCUUCCCUCGAAGGACAGGAUCCGCCAAACCCGGCUCUUUCCAGCUCGGAAUCUCCCUCAUUAGUUUUAUGAAAUGAAAUAUGGCUUGUCAACUGCUCAGGCCUAUUUGUUCUUGUCAUGUAUCAACUCUACUCAAAACUAUGAUCCUACUACCUUUAUGAGAAUUGGCCUUGAUGUGAUAUAUAGAGCUUCUGUAAUUAAGUGAAGCUCGCUUGGUCAGGAUUCAUGAAAACGACUGGUCCCAUUCCCCUGCCUAGUAGUACGUAUAUAGGCAAUAGGACAGACAUACAUAUAUGUAGAC